AUGCAAGAAGCGGGUAAGGACUUUGUCCUCAAUUGUAUGGACUCCUUCGCGUCCCUAGAACACGAUGGACAGGCCCAAGCAAUUCUCCGACCUAAGAUCGUCCGUUUCUUGGAGAGCGACGCGGACGACUGGCGCGAAGCGAUGAACCAUGAGCUAGAUGCUUUUACCUUGAAGCCUUUCCCCAAAGAUGCCAGAAUACGUCGACUGAAGCAAGAGGGUAACCAACGAGUGCAUGGGCCCAACCUCAUCAAGUAUGCCCGUCUGUAUACCACACGCCGUAAGGGGCGCGACGAUGUCGACGUUCUUCUCGCCUUGUUCGGUACAACUCACUGA